AUGGUCAAUACGAGCAAGACAAGGACUGAUCGUAAGCGUAAGGCUGGUCAUGUGAAUUUCCAAGCGGGUGAAAUUGCCUUUAUUGAAGAUGAAAUGGAAGCUUUGGCAGCGGAAUAUGGACUGGAAGUAGAUGGAGAUGUGGCUACUCAUGUGCAGCAGCGUAAACAGAAGAAGAAGAUACGGCGACAUCGGGUUCGAAGCAGUUCAAAGAGCAUUUCUACAGUUAGCGAGCACAAGACAUCCCGCAACUUGAAGUCAAGCGCAACUUUUGUAAAGUUGCUGGACGUGAGACCUAAUGAAAACGCGCAUGACGACCAUGAAGACGAGCAUAAAAUCGUACUUAGACGGUUAAUAGCUGUACUACCUGAUACUUGUGCUUUACGAGCGUGUGGUGUCCCUGGGUGCUCCUGUGUCAAUGGAUCAAGAUCAUUGGGAUUACGACAGCACGACAAUGAGUUGGACAAAAUCCAUACAAUUGACGUGAUUGAAAAUGCUCAAUGUCUCAAAUGUCAACACGGAGUGCUGCAACAUUCUGUAGUGUUGCGAGAAGAUGUGGAUCCUAUUGCUGCAGUACCGAGUGGAGGUCAAAGAUUAUUACAAAUGCUAUUCCAGCUCAUCCGUCUUGGAAGAAUUGGUGCAAGUAUUUUUAAAAGUCGUGUGUGGAUUCAAUCGGCCGUAGAACGACUGGAUAUUGUGCUGGUGCAUCUCAAACGACUUUAUGCUACUGGAGGUACGCAGAAUGGACAAACGUCUGCGAGUGAAUUACGUCAGGAAAGACAAUUGUUGUCUGAGUUACAAAUACAGCUACGUAAAGCAGAACAAGCUCUGAGAACAGCAUCGCGAGAUGGUCUGCCCAUUUUAUUGGCAUGUAUAUGUGAUCGGAUGUACUUCCAGACAUACUACAGUGCUCUUGUAUUGUAUGGACGUGCGUGUGGUGCUGUUCCUGCACCAGAAGUGUAUUUGAAGGACCUGGAUCAAUUUACACCUGACAGUACGUUGCAGUUGGAGAAAUUCCUGAACCGCGAGAUGCUUGGCUCGGAUGUGCCGUCUCGACUGAUUCAAUCGCUAGCCCUUCCCGUUGCGUCAUCAAGUUUACCGGACGAGCUUGCACGUGAGCGUCUUCGUGCAGCACAGCACGAAACUGACAACCCACUGCUUGCCAUUUAUCACUCACGACUGCGUGAUGGUGUACGACUCUUUUACGAAGAAGGCGUUGGUAUGGAUGGUGAGAUGGAUGCUGCUGUCGUGGCACCGAAGGGUAGUGAUCUGGCUACCAGCAAGAAAGUCAAGGGCAACAAGAAGCCACAGAAAAAACACUAUCGUCGUGAGAGAAAUAGUGGUUCUCGCACAGGAGGUGAUGCAAAGGAAGCAUUGUCGUCAGCGCUGGUGGAGAUGCCUAGCUACCCUCUUCUAUCAGAAUGGCGUAACAAUUGCCGCGAUUGGUGCUGUCACUUGUACGCGUACGCAACUCCUACGAAGGAGGCGCUGGAUGUGAUGGCAAAGUACACGCCAAUCGUCGAAGUGGGCGCUGGUACUGGCUACUGGAGCUCUCUCCUGCUACGCGCUGAUGUCGAUGUUGUUGCUUACGACAAGGCGCCACCAAACGCUGAGGGUGCGGAGGGUAACGCUUACCACGGCCGUGUUCCGCCGUUUUGCUCCGUUGCUUGUGGUGGUCCUGAAGUACUCAGCCAGAAGAACAUGGCAAAGCAUACUUUGUUUCUGUGCUACCCGCCACCAGGUGAUGCGAUGGCUGUUCGAAGCGUCCAGUUGUUUCAGGGUGACGUGAUUUUGCACGUCGGCGAGUGGCAGGGUGAUACAGGUGACAGUCGUUUUGAAAGCGAACUCCAGCGCCGCUUUGAGUUAGAGAAGGAGAUCACGCUACCCAAUUGGGGCAACUCAGCGUACGGACUGACGGUAUGGCGUCGCAAAUCAAAGGACAUCGAGCCCAUAGCCUGGCGCGCAAUGAGCUGUUUCCAUUGUGACAAGACACUUAAAGACGCCGCCGCUGCGGGGGAGCCACUGCGACGAUGCGUUGUCUGUAAGACGAAUGUGUAUUGCUCGUCCACUUGUGCGCAGCAAGAUGCAGUGGGCCAUGCUGCUGAGCACGCAUCACGUUUAGUGUUUCUGAAAGACCCCACGUCUAGCACGGCGUAUGACCGCAUGUUUGAGAGCAGCGCGUUUUACCGCGAGCUGCGUGAGCCCAACCUUGAUAAUACUGUGAUGGCUGUCAAGAGCAAUUGGAAUGCGCUGGUAAAGUCCGAGACUGCUGUUCAGGGCAACGAAAAGAAUACGACCGAGGAAAGCGCUGAUGAAGAUAGUGAGGAAGAAGAGGAAGACUCGCAUGACAAGACUCAAGCUGCCAAGAUCACGACGAAGUCUGCGUUCGCCUUCAAUUUCGGCGCUUAG